GGGUAGAGAGCGGAGCGAACGGAGAGAGCUCGGUCUUUUUUUGUAUCAUUCUGCUGCGGUUAACGUUGGUUGUGUUGUCUGCGUACGAAAUUUGGCAAUAAGAAUGGCUCUUUUUCGCGUAACAGCAUCUCGGAUCACAGAAACACAUCAGAAAGUAUUACCAGCCUUGUCAGUUGUUCUGCGUAACCUCUCAGAUUCAUCUGACCUGAAAGCUGUCCUGACCAAGAAGAUUCCUGAGGAGCAAGAAAGAGUAAAAAGUUUCCGAAAGACAUAUGGAUCAACCAAGGUUGGAGAGGUCACUGUUGACAUGAUGUAUGGAGGUAUGCGUGGCAUCAAGGGACUUGUGUGUGAAACAUCUGUACUGGAUCCCGAUGAGGGAAUCCGUUUCCGUGGUUACUCUAUUCCCGAGUGCCAAAAACUGCUUCCUAAAGCUAAGGGUGGCUCUGAACCCUUGCCUGAGGGCCUGUUUUGGCUACUUAUUACUGGAGAUAUUCCAAAUGAAGCUCAGGUGCAAGCUGUCUCAAAAGAAUGGGCAACACGUGCAUCGCUGCCAUCACAUGUUGUGACACUACUGAACAACUUCCCUACAACCCUGCAUCCCAUGUCUCAAUUCAGCAGUGCAAUUACAGCACUCAAUUCAGAAAGCAGGUUUGCUGAGGCUUACUCCUCUGGUGUACACAAAUCAAAAUACUGGGAGUAUGUAUACGAAGAUGCUAUGGAUCUCAUUGCAAAAUUGCCUGUCGUAGCAGCAACUAUCUACCGCAACACAUACCGUGAUGGUAAGGGUGUUGGGGCCAUUGAUACUAGCAAGGACUGGAGUCAAAACUUCUGUGAAAUGUUGGGCUAUGAUAAUCAAGAGUUUACAGAACUUAUGAGGUUGUACCUCACAAUUCACAGUGAUCAUGAGGGAGGCAAUGUGAGUGCUCAUACUGUUCAUCUUGUGGGCUCUGCACUGUCUGAUCCAUACCUAUCAUUUGCAGCUGGUAUGAAUGGUCUUGCAGGUCCCCUUCAUGGUUUGGCAAAUCAGGAGGUGUUAAUAUUCCUCAAGAAAGUGCAGAAAGAACUAGGUGAUAAUGUAUCAGAUGAUGCACUAAAGGAAUUCAUCUGGAAGACAUUGAAGAGUGGGCAGGUUGUUCCAGGCUACGGUCAUGCUGUCCUUCGUAAGACAGAUCCUCGCUACACUUGCCAGAGGGAAUUUGCACAGAAACAUUUGCCCAAUGACCCACUCUUCAAAUUGGUGUCUCAGGUUUACAAGGUGGUUCCUCCCAUUCUUAUGGAGACUGGGAAGGUAAAGAAUCCUUGGCCCAAUGUGGAUGCUCAUUCAGGUGUCCUACUUCAGUAUUAUGGUAUGAAGGAGAUGAACUACUACACAGUUUUGUUUGGUGUGUCUCGAGCUUUGGGAGUUCUGGCAUCUCUGGUAUGGGAUAGGGCUCUGGGUCUUCCGAUUGAGCGACCCAAGUCGCUUUCAACUGAAGGACUCAUGAAGCAGCUCAAGGGUUAGAGACUCACCUAGCAUGAGUGCGUAGAAGAUGAGAUUCAGAGCUAUUAGUGUGAAUACACUCAGUGUGUGCAGUCUUGCGUAGCUAGGCUGAGAACAUAGGCCUCUUCAUUUGUACCCUGAAAGUAUUUUACAGUAUGCAAUAAUAAUUAUUAUGAUGUGUAUAGCACUUCAGGAAAAUGAAAUAUGUUGACUUUAAAAUUGAAAGCUGUUUCACUCGAGUGACUGUAUUCUGCAGGUCGGAUAAGCAGUAUGGGGGGGGUGUAAUUGAAAGAAACAUGUUUCAUAUAGAAUUGUGGACACCGCAUGCAGGCAAUGAAACUCACCUUUAUGUAGUAUGCAGAUGAGGAGUGCCACUGAAUCAGCACACAGGUGAUAUUGCAGGAAAUUAUUUUCCCAACACCAACCAUUGGACAUUAAAGUAAUUCUAGCGGUUGUGUGCAUGAACAUACGCGCGUGUGUGUGUGAAUGAAUGGUAGUAUGAAGUUAAAGUAAUUUAAUUUUGUAGGGUUCAGUUCUUGUUAGAAUUUUUGUAAGGCUAUGAGAACCCUUCCUUGGGAACAGGUAUGUUAAAAUUAUUUGCACUUUUUUCUUCCAAGUUCUUACAGGAUUUCUGAAAAUUUUGAUAUUAGAAUUUGUAGUUAUUUAUAUAUUUCACUAGUAUUUAAUUUCUGUGCAAAUUAUUAUAGAAACUUGGAGGUCAAAAUGCUGAAAGUAACUGUUUACUGAAAGGAUUCCAUAGUUAAGAAUAGCCAUAAGCAGAAAACUGUAUUGGAUCAUGUUUUAGUUAUACCUUAAGAGUCUUCAUAGUUAUGACAAAGUUUCAUGUUUUGUGUGAGAAUUGUUAAGUCAGUUUACAAAAUGCUUUCACAUUCAUCAUUAAAUGCUCAGUUGUAAAUAUUAUACUGCAGCAUCCUUUUGCACUUUGUAUUUUAAAUUAGUACUCACACCUUCAGAAGCAUUUGUCUCUUCCUAUUAUUCGAACACUGCAUGUUCACAGCUACAGACAGCACCAAAGAAAACCCAUAUACACCUGGACCACAACAUGUGCAUACAACAAAAUAAUUACAGCAUGAAGUAUUUUACACCCUAAAAUGCAAAGU